UGUGCUGAUGGAAUUUUAAUUUUGGUAAAUGACUGCAGGGUUGCAGCAGCAGCCAAGGCCACAACAAGGCAACAAUCUAUUCAACUGCAGGCGCGAGUUGCGAAGGUAUACAUUGCGAAAUGGAAACACCACACUGUGGUCCUGUCAAAUUUGACUGAAGCUCGGCUUGAGCCAGACUUUCAGCACAAUUUACAGAUGUACCAACUUUUAGGCAAUGUUGAUUACACACCUCAAUAUAUUGGAUCCUGUAACAACACACUUGUCACAGAGUACUUUACUCUUGGUUCUGCUGCAGAGUUGCACAGCCUUUUCGACACGAAACUUGUUAGGUACAACGUCCUGUCACGACGCUUUUCCCUGUGCCUCAGCUAUGUUACCAUCCUGAAGUAUCUCCAUACCCACAGUCGUGUUAUGUGCGACUCAAACACAUUGUUGAAGGCACUGUCACAAUACUUGAUUUACCCUGACUUGACUUUGCGACUCAAUGACAUGGACGCUCUGCCGUAUGCCACUCAUACUGAUAAGGCUGCCUGUGGUUCACCACCACUGCAAGGAGAACUGCUGGCACCAGAACAGCGAGGAGCUCUGCUGCACGAAUCACUGUGCACAACAGCAUGUGAUAUUUGGAAGAUUCCAGAUGUCUGUCUCUGGUUUCUGGGGAAAACACGAGAAGCUGAAAGUUUUAAGUUUCAUCUGUUCUCAAUUCAUCGUCGAUGCAAGUUGCAUAAGCCAGAACAGCGACCCAGUGCAGAGCAAGUUCUAAAAGACUAUCAGAGAGUUUGGCAAGAGUGGAUGCGAGGUCUUUAAAUUGGACUGUAAUAUUCAAUAGUCUUAGCACAACAGCACUUGUGAACGCGCAUGCUUUUGUGGACUUGCCUGCUUUUGGAGACGUCCACUGUUCACAUGGUGUAUGCUGAACUGAAUACGGGGGGAGGGGGGGUAUUCUGUAAGUGUCCACCUAGUGGACCUGGCCAUUUCAUCUGCUGCUGAAGUUCUGGUUGGCUGGGCUGGGUUAUGCGUUUGGAGUAGACAGGUGCCCCCCAGCCAAUAAGCACUUCACCAGUAGAUGGAAUGGGCAUGUCCACUAGGUGGACAAUUACAGAAUACCCCCCAGGACUACAUUUGUCAAGGACACAUGGUAUACAGCUGUUACAGCAGCUGUGGAUUGAAAAGUUCCUGUUUGCCAAUCUUGUGGUUAUGCACGAGUUGUGGCUGUAGCAUGAGUGUAACAUAAGCGUCAAGUAAAUGGACAAUUUAUUAGACUGUUCUUUGCUUGCACAGAGACAUGCAUUUGUUUUAAUUUGAAUUUCUACAUAGAGGAGUACUGGUGUAACAUUUUAAACUUCUUUUGCAUUAAAUGAAGGUUUAGGUCUUCCUAACUUUAUAAAAAAUACUAGCAAGCACCAAAGCGCUCUAAACAAUUUGCUAUAAUACUUUCUAUGAACCAGUUCUAAUUUCAGCAGUCACGAGGCAGGCGUGUCAUGAAGUCGCAAAUCUGUCCUUAUUACGCACAGUUAGCACAUUCUGCUCUGUGUCAUGAUGUCACGAUGAUGCUAGGUCCAGCACCUCAAGGCAACUUUAGUAUUAAACAAACCUUUGCAAUUGCCAAGUGUGAUUCCUUUAUGUGCGAGAAGUGUGUGGCAGAGUUUCUACAAGUUCUAAAAUAUGUGUCGGUGCUCCUCUUGGCUUCCGCUUUGCUAUGAAAUGGCUAAACACCCUUCUGCAUGGCUGCAGCUGCAUGUGAGAAGUACCUUGACUGUGGAAACAGUCAGUUUAAAACUUUCCAGAGCCUGCCACCUAUGUUGGAAAAUAUGCUAACAUGGUGUGGUAGCCUUACUGCAUACGUAAACUUCACCUAAUGGCUACUGUGUGUAAACAUCUGCUCUGGCAUACUUACUGGGAUUGCUAAAUAAAGCUGAAGCGUGAUUUCUGUGAACUAC